ACCUCCAUUAUUUAAAACGUUGCUUUUGUGAUUGAAUUGUUUGUGAUUGAAAAAUUCUUAAUUUGUUUGGAUUUUGGAGCUUUUUAAAAUAACGACGAAUGAUACAAUGUCUUUCAAAUUAUGCUUACACAGAAUUAUAUAGGAUACAAUGAGAAAUGCGUCCUAGGAGUAGAAGUUUCAAAUACAAGAGGAUUGGCAUGACCUGUUGACCGAUGAUUAUGCACAGGAACUGUACCAUGCACCUGAAGCUCCCUGUGACGUAUAAUGUUCCCAAGGCUGUCGUACGCGCAACGUUUACUGGCACUUAUGUUUUUCGUCAGUUUUAUCAUGGUAUUCUUUAACAGCACGACCGUGGAUUUAAGUUCACCAAGUAGGCGUUUGCCCUAUAUGGAACAAUACUUGCAAAAUGCUCUGAGGAGUGUAAAUACGGUACAGGAUGCUCAAGAAAAUGUGGAUAAUAUAACAGGCAGAAAUGGACACCAGAAAGGGUGGGACCUGACAACGCGUACACCUCCCAUUAAUCCCCACGAAUUCAAGGUUCUUAUCAACCCUUCAUCUUUGUGUCAGCACAAGAAUUUAACAUAUUUAGUUUACGUCCAUACUGCACCAGGAAAUUUCAAGAAACGUCAGACGAUUCGUCAAACAUGGGGAGCAAAAACAUUGAUGCUGAAGUACAAAAUGCGAAUUGUGUUCAUUAUGGGGGUCGUAGAAGAUUCGGUAACUAUGCAACGUGUGAAUUCCGAAAGCGAUCGCUAUGGUGAUAUUGUUAUGGAGGACUUUCAGGAUAGCUACAGGAAUUUGACCUACAAAGCCAUUGCUGGGUUAAAGUGGAUUUCUAGCUACUGUACGAAUGUCACAUAUGUCAUCAAGUCUGAUGACGAUAUCCUCAUUGAUAUGCAUUCUUUAAUGGAAACCAUGAGUUCAAAGGAAGUAAAGAAAUAUGGAACAAGUCGGUUGAUUAUGUGCAAUCAAUGGCUUAAAAUGAAAGUGAUAAGAGACAAAAAGAGCAAGUGGUAUGUUCCAGAAGAGGAAUUUGAUAAAGAAUAUUUUCCGCCCUACUGUUCUGGUUCUUUGUUCAUAAUGAGUAUAGAUGUUGUUUUUGCAAUGUAUGAUAUGUCUUUGUACACGAAAUUCUUCUGGGUGGAUGACUUUUAUAUCACUGGAUUACUAGUAGAAAAACUGAAUUUGGAACACAAACGUCUGAAUGACAAUUACAUGUUAAACGCUAGAGCUGCUGUUGAAAAAUUCGACAAAGAUGAAAAGCGAGAGCUUAAGUUUUUCCAUGUUCAUAAAUUGACAGACAUAUUCAGAAUGUGGAAGCGUCUACGUUCAGAAAAGAAUAAUUCUUGUGAUAAUUGUUUUACAUGGGUGCCGCCUAGAUGACUCAUGAGUAGCAGUAAAUGACACAGAUGAGAUGAAAGAUCAAUAUACUCACCUUAAAAAAAUGCCUCAGCAUGCAAUCCCAUUACUUUCUAUGAAUCUAUAUCCCUUGGUGAUAAAGCCUUUAACGCUUUCUUUUGACAAUGAUGCUAUGCAACUUUCCGGAGAAAAUGAUAAUGGACAACCGCGAGGAGCAAUAAACGAAACAAUAAUGAUAAUAGGAGCAAUUACCUGUAAACCUUCCUUGUAACGGAUUGCUUUAUCUAAUUCAGUGCAUCUUCGCAACGAUCACUGUGUUCUAAAACGUGGAUGUUAUUUUAGUUUUUGUCUUCUUAAGUGCCACACAAUGACUUUAAUUCUGUAUUUUAUGUUCAAGCAUGCCUGUUUUGUGCUCUAUAAAGGUAUCAGAUCUUUGAAUAACACAAUCUUAUAUUCGGUCACUUAUCAUAUUUACGAAAUAAAAUAUGUUGUAUUUAGCCAUUUUAACACAUCACAUUUAAGAAUAAAUAUUUACAUUUGCAGAUGAUUUUGCCAUGCCGUCCAAGAAUCAGACAAGAUCUAUUAGCGAAGCUGACAAAAUUAAGUACAAUAACAACCUUUAUAUUUUCAAAGCCUUUAUCGGUUUGUUUUCAGUUUCAUGAUUGAGUUACCCACCAUGAAAGUAGGAGAAGAUAUAUUGUAUUUAAUGGUGCAUGCGAUACUUAUCAUGUUAAGUAUUUGGAUAAGGCUUUCAAACUGAAGAUACUCUAUUUAAGUUGUAAUAAAGAAAAUCCCAUCAACAUCUUUCUGACUAAUCUGCGAGAUGUUGCAUCUAAAGCAAAGGUAAUCACCGCGACCAGACAAAAAGAGAUAAAGAUGCAUUAUCAUAUGAAGCUAUUUAAACGUUGUACAUGUUACGAUUUUAAGGAUAUUUAUGUAUUCUGAUAUCGAUAGUCGACAAAAUAAAGUAUGGAAAGGAU